UCUCGUUUUGGUCAGCCAGCGAAGCGGCCACUGAAUAUCCACAAUGGGCUACUGAUAACAUCAUCAUCAUCGUUAUCCUCCGGUGUCUAACCUACAUUUUUCCAGCGCUUCCUGGUGGGUGGUGCGCUCAAAUUUAACAAGCUGCUCCAUUAUUUAUUGCGGUUAAAUUGCGAAAACGCAACAGUCAAAACAUGAAAACUAUACAGGGUACAGGAUAAGUGUUUAUUGGAGCCUCGCAAAUAACACCUUCAUGCUGCUUGGGGAUUGGGGGCUUCCCCCAGGCUUCUGGCUCCUGGCUCCUGGCUCUCUCUUCCUGCUGGCUCCAGGCCCGACGCGUGUAUUGUUUCGUAAUUACGCCACAAAUGGGCGGGGUCAUGGGUCGGCGGAGGCGCCACCUUCCGGAGGCCACCUGGGAUACCGGGCUCGUUGUAGGUGCUACCAAUUUUCACUUUCAUCCAUGAUUUAUGUAUGCGCGGCCCAUGCUGCCUUGCCAAUGGGUGCAGUUUUUAAAGUUAAUAAAGAACCAGGGGUGUGCUGGUUAUAAUUGCUGGAGAGUGCCACUUAUUUUCAGCACGUUGAUGGAUGAGUAUGAUUCGAUUUGACCUGACCUUUUUCUGUGAAUGGAAACGCUGCCAACUUAUUUGAUCGUCAAGUGUUGCCAUCUGUAAAUUUCAGACACAGCGUUGCCAGACUUUGUUAUGCCAUUCACAUCUGCGCAUUUGUUGUCAUUUGGCUGGCUAUGUUGUUGUUUCAAUUUUAAAAUUGCGAAUUUAAGUAUCAACAAAAAAGUCUAUAUAAGAUAAAACUCGGAAAUGGAUAGUAUGGCCAAAUCACCCGACGUGCAUAUACCCGGCUUCUGUACGCCCUUGCGCUCCAAAGAAUUGCUGGAAAGGCACAGAUCUACCAGGUGUACCCCCAAGAAAGGAUACUUAACCCCACAAAAUGGACAAAGAACCAAACCCCCAAAUUUGCAAAAUGCCAGCAUACCCUCUAUAUUCAUUACCGAUGGGGAUACGGGCUUGGAGCGCCCGAACCAAUUGCUACAGCGUCUGGAGAGGUCCAUUAAUCGAUCAUCCUCUGCCUCCAGGAUACCACCAAAAAAUGCAUUUUUAUCAACCCAAAAUAGGCAACGAGCCUUGGAAAGGCCAAAAACUCUAGAAUUUAGGUGGUCAAAGAAAGCCAUAACAUUCUCGGAACCUCGUCCUUUACGCUCUAAGGAACUUCUGGGGGAUCUGAAGUCUCUGCAUAAAGUAACUUCUGCCACCAAGGCAACUUCCCAAAGCAAUCUGAAGAACCAGGAUCUUCUAAAGACUCGAGAAAAGCGCUGCACAUUCAUACCAUCCUCGGAACCACAACCCAUCCGCCCAAAAGUGAUCCUCGAGCGGGAGCGCCAAGAGGCAAUAAACAAUCGCUUAGUAUUAGCAUCGAUUGACCGCCCAAGAACAAAGCGGCCAACGACCAGCUUUUCAUCGAGCAAGCUGUUGGUGCCCCAAAUUGGAUUCUCGUACCCCAAGGAUCCCAAGAGCCUUCAUACAGCCAGCAAAGCAACCAAGCUGACCAACUCAAAGCGAAAGUUGGAUUUCCACACUGAGCUGGGCAAGGAUUCGCUGCGGCUGAAGCUGGAUAAGAUGGCAAAGGAAUGGCAGAAAAAGUCCGAGUACCAGUUACGUCAGUUUAUCUCGGAUUUUUUGAAACAACUAGUGCGCCUUCUACCCUUUAAUGGGGUACAAUUUUCGCAUCUUAGCAGGAAUAGCUAUGUAGAGCAGACGAUGGAGGCACUGCAGCAGCUCCAGUAUUCUAAAGAGGUGAACAGAAGCUGGUUUCGAACGACUAAUACGCCAGAAGCCAUGGGCCAUGUGCUGGAAAUACUCAACUUUUUGUUGGAUAUCGUGGAAAAUCGAAAGGGCGAGGGGAUGUGUAUGUUUCCCAUUGCUUCAGAGGACCAGCCAAUACCUAAGCAAAGGCAAGGAGCCAAGGAACCCAGGAAUCCAAAGGUGGAACAAGCUUUAGUGGUACAUAACACUACUAAUGAUAUAAUAAGCCUGGAACAAAAGUUAAAUAAUCUCAAAAUAGAGAAAGAAGAGUUAGACAGCUGUGAAGGUAUACCCAUAUCCACCAAUGAUUUGGAUAAGAUAAUGGAUCGGGUUGGGAAUCGAGACGUCGCCAGACUAUUGGAUGCUCAGGAGGAGAACCUGCAUAAGCUUCAGCUGCAUCGUCUGCGUCUUCAAGAGUUUUCCGAGCUUGUAACCCUCGCCAAGUUAAAAUUAAAACGCUGCCAAGAAGGCAAUAAGGAAAGCAUUGAAGCCUUUAAUGAACAAAUCCUAGAUUUGGCAGACUCACUGGUUUUUAGAAAUAGGCAUAUCAGUUGUCUAUCCCAAUUACAUUUAGGCCUAAAUCCCACAAUAGAGGAUAUUCAGGAGCGUAUGGAGCAACUGCAGCGUCUGUAUGAAGAUAACUACUUAAAUCUCCAGCAGAUAAAAAUAUAGCCGCCCCAAGGAAACCUUUAGGCGUAUUAAGUCAUUUUCCUCAUUAAAUCUCUUAAGGUUCCAGUUAAUUUAAGCAAAUAUUUGCGUGUUACGUAAGCUGCACACUGAACCCACCAACGACGCUGCUGGCUUAGUAAUUUCUUCCUGAAUUUCACAGAUUUAUUUAAUUGAAUUUAUCAACUGGAAGUCUCGGCAAUGUCCUGGCCUGGAUUUAAGUUCGUGUAAUUGACAUUUAAAUGAGUCAUCGGCAGCUUGGCUACACUUACUGAAAGGAAAUAGCUGAAAAGUUAAGCGGCUUAACUUCGAAUACAUGAAUAAUUACAUUUUCAAAAGCUUUAUUAUUGCUAUAUUCUGUGCUGUGUACAUUUCUUUUCUUAUUUUUUUUGGUUAGCUGUAUGAAUUAUUUUAAUGUGAAAUUUACCUAAAGCGAAACCUGUAAAAUACCUUAAUUUCAAAUAUUUCAUUUAUUAA